UUUUCAGUUGCUCUGUAGUUUUAUUCUGUAUUUAGUUAUUGGAGUAUUUAUACUGCUUUUUCAGUUAAACAGAAGGUUAUAUGUGGAGGAAACAGUGUAUAUAGAGAGAAUUUUUGAGAAUUUCAUUUUAUUAGAAUUGUUCCAUUAUAUUAUUCCUCACUAUAUUAUAUUAUUGCUAUAUGUUUACGUAAACGUAAACAUUCCAACUUUCAACUUUGUUCAAAAUUGUUUCAGAUUUAUUAAUGCUUAUAUAUAUAUAUAUAUAUAUAUAUAUUAGACAUAUAUAACUAGCAAUAAAUUAUUCAGAACUUAAGAUGACACGUUUAUUAACCAGAAGCCCAAUAUUAGCGUUUAUAUUUCCAUUUGACAAAAAAUUUAAUGAUGGGCACGAUAAGCCUGUUAAUAUGCCUGCUAAUGCAAAAAUAAAACCACUGGAUGACGAAUUGGGUUGGGACAGAGUAAAAAAAAUAUUUUCUUUGGAUCAAAAUGGCAUGUUAACGAAAGAAUUGCAAUCUAUUACAAAUAUAACGCUAUCAGGUAUCGUAAUUGGCACAGCUAUAGGUGGUAUGGGUGUAACUAAGGAUACAGUAAAUAAUUUCAUUGCAAAUAACGAAGCAACACGUUUCAUAAGUCAUUUUGAUGCAAAACGAGAUCUACAACAAACAGUUCUUGUAAAUUUUUUAAGGAAGGGCGGAAGAUUGGGGGCAAAACUUGGAACGUUUUGUUUUUUAUUUAGUUCCAUAACGACAUGUACAACAGCAUAUCGAGGGAAGCUAGCGGUAGAAAAUUAUAUGUUAGGUGGUUCCGUAACAGGAUUGAUAUUUAAAAUGAACAUGGGGCUUCGAGCGAUGCUCGUUGGCACUGGACUUGGUGCUAUAUUAGGUGGAUUUUGUGGUGGGGUAUCGAUCCUUAUUCUGAAAUUUUCAGGAAUAACUAUAGAUGAAGUAUUAGAGGCCCAAAAACAGUGGGUAAACUCGAGGAAUAAUAAGAUGCGUGAGAAUAUAAAAGAGUGCAUGAGUACUGAAUUACCAGAAAUUAAAAAAUUAUACGAAGAAAAUAGAAAACUGCAGAGUGUACAAAGUGAAGACGUUGAAAACAGAAAAAAAUAAAUUUAUAAUUAUAUAAAUAAAUCUUGUACAUAGAAAGACA